CAUCGCAGCGUGCACGAGAGCUCCAUUCACCGGCGCAAUUGGGCCUCUCCUGCCCGUGCUUCCAUUAUUCGCGCGCUUCUUUUCUCUUCAUUACUCCGUAUCCGCGCGAAGCUAAUGUCUAUGUUUCCUCCCGGCGCGUAACCUAGCCUCCGCCUAAACCUCUCUCACCAGGCCGCCGCGAAAUACCGCCGCAACCCUCCCACCACCUCCCACCAUGGCGCUCAACAUGCCGCCGGCGACGCCCCAGCGGCCGGGGCCCGGCGCAUUCAUCAAUACUCCUGCACCGGCUAGGCCUGCGCUCUUUCAGUCAGCCUCAGCGCAGCAACCAGCGCCUGCGCCGUUGGACACCCCCAUACAACGCGCCGCGCGCACAAUCAACAGCAUGUUGGACAGGGACAAUAGAUUUCCAGCCCUGGAGGGGUAUAUCGGACAGGGCUUCUCCGGAGAGUACGAGCUGCCGACGAACCCAGCGUGGACGCCGUUCCAGAAGCUCAAGACGUAUCAGCACCCCGAGAGCGUCUUCAACCAGGUCAACGAGAUGCAGAUGAACACGAAAAUGGGCCUGUUCGCCGAGAUCAACCACGCAUACGUCUUUGUCGACAACCAGCUGUAUCUGUGGGAUUACACGCAUCCCAACCCGGAGCUUAUUGGAUUUGAGGAGCAGGGGCACAAUAUCACCUGCGUGAAGCUGGUGAAGCCGCGGGGGAAGGUCUUCGUUGACACGAUUUCGUGGCUGCUCGUGGUCGCAACCGUGGCAGAGGUAUUCCUCAUUGCGGUAGAAUGCCAGACCGGCCCCGAGGGCGUGCACGGCGUAACACUAUACCGGACAGGCCUCUCGAUCUCGGUGCGAGGUAUCAACGUCACCGCGAUUGAGGGCUCGGCCAAGACGGGACGCAUAUUCUUCGGCGAGGGAAAUUCGGAAGACGUAUGGGAAGUGAACUAUCAGCAGGAAGAUAGGUGGUUCUCCAGCCGGUGCAGCAAGACGAACCAUGUCUCCAAGUCCAUCAGCCUGCCCACCCUGCCUUUUUACCACACCGCUAAGCGAACGGGGAUCAAACAGAUGGUCAUGGACGACUCUCGGAACCUCCUGUAUACACUAUCUACGAACGGCACCAUCAAGGUCUUUCAUAUGAGGACACCGACGACACUUGACUGUGUCAUCACCCGAACGCUUAGCAACAUCCGAACAAUGUGCAGCCACGUCGUCCGCCAAUCUGCUGUUUUAGACAAGCUGCAGCUUGUGGGCAUAGACCCAAUAUCCGCCUCCGAAGCCGAGCACCUGUCUCUCAUGGUCACUACAUCAACGGGCGUUAGGUUAUACUUGAGCACUACGUCCGGUGGUUGGUUGAGUGACAGCACGACCGCACCUAGCAGCAUGGCUAUUAGGCAUAUCCGUUUUCCGCCGUCUGACGGUCAAUCAAUCUCCCAACCCGCCAUUGGUAGCCAGCUACAGCCAUAUCAAGGGGGCACUCCCAUCGGAUUCGACUCUGCCUUUUUGAUGCAGACCGUCGCUGGAUUUCGGUAUGCGCCUGGAUCGUUCUUCUGUAUCGUGGAGAGGAACCCGAAUGACGAUCACCACACCCUCUUCGUAUCAGCACCACACUCGGGUCAGCUUACCAACCAACAAGAAGUGCCUCGAUAUUGCGAGACUGGCCAGAGCAUACAGCUUGUUGGGAAGAUGCAGGAUAUUGGCCAGGUUUCGGAGCGCUUCUCAGCAAGGGACCAACCGACAGGGUUCGGAAAUGUGCUUGCGGUGCAAUUCGACAAGCCUGUCAGCGAAUAUGCCAUCCUGACGCACUGGGGAGUCGAGACUGUGCGAAGACGGAGGCUGGUGGACAUAUUCGCGGCCAUAAUUAAAUAUGGCGGGGGCGCGGAGGGGGUGGAUGGUGAUGUCCGCAAAUUCGCAAAGCAGUACGGUCUCACUGAAACGGCGUCGACAGCGCUAGCGGUAGCAUGCGGUCAAGGUUCCGACGUUGGCCCGGAUUCUCGGAUCGCCAAAGUCACUGAUCCCGAAGUUCUCGAAUUCGCACGAAAAGCGUUCAUUGAGUACGGCGGCAAGGCCCAGCUCACCGAAAGCGCAACUGUGGAGGGACUCAGCGUAGAAAACGUUCGCGCAUCUCCACGUCAUGAUGGUAUCGCCUUAUACGUCGCUCGUCUUAUCCGCUCGAUUUGGGAUACACCCAUCAUCAAGGAGGUGAAGACACCUGCUGGUCCCGCACUGCAGUCUACCCACAGAGUUUCGAAGCUUCAGGAGAUACAGCGCGCUCUCAUCCAAUUACAAGAGUUCUUGGACACCAAUAAAGCCUUCAUAGACGGCCUCGCCGGACCGGAAGCCCUAGGACGAGUAGCCUCGCGGCAGGAAGAGGUGGAGCUUCAGGGCGAAAACCGGGCUUUGACGAGCUUGGUGCAGAUGGUAAACAACAUCAUUGAGGGCAUUGCAUUCGCCUUGGUUCUAUUCGAGGAUCGCCUAGAGGAUAUUCUUCUGUUGCUUCCAGCGGACUCACGGCUGAGCGUCCGAAAACUCACCUUCCACGGUCUAUUCGCGGUAAAAGAGGGCAAAGAUCUUGCUAAGGAAUUGGUGAAGGCGAUCGUCAACCGCAAUAUUACUAAGGGUUCCAAUGUGGAGACGGUUGCCGAGGCGCUCCGGAGGAAAUGCGGCAGCUUCUGCAGCUCGGACGAUGUGGUCAUCUUCAAAGCUCAAGAGAACCUGAAGAAGGCUGCUGACGUCGGUGCGAACGCUGAGCGAGGACGGAUACUGCUGAACGACAGUCUGAGGCUGUUCGAGCAGGUGGCUAAGAGCCUCAGCUCGGAGCACUUGACUGCGGCGAUAGACAAGUAUAUCGAGCUGGAGUUCUACGCAGGCGCCAUUCGUCUCACACUUAAGGUCGCGCAGGAGCUAGAUCGAGGAAACAAAGCUCUCUCUUGGAUAAAAGACGGACAACCCCCUCAGGACGCACGUCAAGUGUUCUACGAGAGGCGCACAGCGUGCUACGAGCUCGUCUUCAAAGUCAUAGAAGCAGUAGAGCGGGCAUUUGCUGCACAGGGUGUCGUCCAACAAGAUGGGAUCAUCUCCCAGAUAACCCGCCGCAAGUAUGAAGCAUACGAGCAGAUCAACAACUCGGACGACGAGGUUUUCCAGAACUACCUAUAUGACUGGUACUUGUCCAAGGGCUGGGCAGACCGCCUCCUUGAGAUCAACACGCCCUAUGUCAUCGACUAUCUGCGGAGAAGCUCUGAAACCGAUAUUGCUCAUGCGGACCUACUGUGGCGUUACUACGCUCACUGCCACGACUACCUGAGUGCUGCAGAAGUGCAGUUCCAGCUCGCCAAGAGUCCUUUCCAAUUGUCAUUAGAGAAGCGGAUAGAAUACCUCUCGCGAGCGAAGGCAAACGCCUCCACGCGAAUGACCGGCUUCUCGGAGACAGGAGUUCGGAAUAGACAAUCAAGGCAAGAGCUGCUGAGGAACAUCAGCGAUCACCUUGACAUUGCCAACAUCCAAGACGACAUUCUGCAACAGAUCAAGAGCGACGCACGACUUCAGGGCCCGCGCAGGGAUGAGGUAAUCAAGACUCUGGACGGGGCUAUCCAGCCUCUGGAUGAUCUCUACCACAUGUACGCCGACCAAGCAGGCUACUACGACAUCUGCCUGCUCAUCUACCACUCGGCCGACUACCGCAACCUCCCCGACGUCCGCAACACUUGGUCCAACCUCAUCGACCAAGUGCACAACAAAGCAAUCAGCGAAGGGCACAACGCACCCUGGGAGCUCGUAGCCUACAAAGUCGAAGACAUUGGUCGCCGCGUCGCGCUCAACGAGAACGUCUUCCCCGUCAACAUCGUCUUGCAGAUGCUUCUACAAUACGACGUAUCCCAGUAUACCCAUGAUCCUAACGGCCCGCGCAUAGCAGCUAAUGGCCACGAGCUGCUUCUCUGCUCGAACCUUCUUUGGCCGAUCGAUGUCUUCGUCAAGCUCAAUGCCCCGUUCGAAUUGCUGGUCGCGACGCUGGAGGCGAUGUGGUAUGCACAGGAGCCACCGUUUAAUACACGGAGUAGCCGCAAGUUGCUCAUCAAGUGGAUGAUUUAUACGGUUGAGCAAUGGGGGCAGGUGAGCAGGAGACAAGGGUUGAAGUAUGGAGGGACGGAGAACGCGAUUGGGCUUGCGGAUUGCUUGAGGGUUGUGCUAGGCAGUGGAGAGCUAGGCGGCGGGAGGGAUGGCGGGGCCGAAGAAGCUGCGUGGGUAGAGAGGGCUCGCGAGGUUAGGGAAGAGGUAGAGGAGGCGGCGCGAUGAGCAUAAAAGCUAAGGAGGCCACGGUAGGGCCAGCAUCGAGGUGCUACGAUAUAAGAUGUGGGUCUUUUGUUUGACGAGUGGACUCUUUCGUGCUCUCUAUUCUUUCUAGCGCUUGGCGUUGUUUAGGGCAUUCUUUCAGGCUGGAGUCAAAAGCAUCAAUUUGGAGGACUUUGUAAGUUCCGGGAGCCGCGGAGCGUGAACCGCUGCGCCGGCUGGGGGCGAUGCUUAGAUACGAAACGCGGUCGCGUGCCGUC